AUCUUAUCUCUAUAACCUUCUCAAUCCUCAUCAUAUCUUUGUAGGAUAUCUAAUUUCAAUUUAAGCCAUUCAUUCAUUUUGUGACACAGUUAAUAAUAAUGGCUGCAGAACAUGUUCUGAGGUUGCUAGAUUCCUUCUGGUUUGAGGCUUCAAUUCUCUCUAACAAAACCCUUUCAAAUUCAAUCUCUCAUGAUCACAAUAAGGUGGUGGAGGAAGUGCUUCCUCUUGAUGAUGCAAAGCUUCUACUAGUUCCAACUCCUACCCUUGAAGUUAGGUCCUAUAGUGACCAAAACUUGGACUCCACAACAUGUCUUUUGUGUGAUUAUUCCCAAUCACCAAAUUCUGUGCUCACCCCACAAAGGCUUAGGACAAUCCCUUCUGAGAGGGAAAUCAGAGAAUUCUCUAGUGGAAAUCAUGGAAAAGAAGGGAUGAGCAUUAAGAGAAAACAAAAAAGCUUUGGUCAUGGAAGAAGGGCAAGGAAAGUGAGAACCAGCAGGAGCCUAUCAGAGCUUGAGUUUAAGGAGCUAAAAGGGUUUAUGGAUUUGGGGUUUGUGUUCUCUGAGGAGGACAAGGACUCAAAAUUGGCCUCUUUGAUACCUGGCUUGCAGAGACUGGGAAGAGAAGAAGAUGAAGAAGGGCAGGGUGAUGAUCAAAGUGUGGUUUCUGAUAAUAAUAAUAAGCCUUAUUUGUCUGAGGCUUGGGAUGUUUUGGACCAAAGGGAGAUGGGAAAUCCUUUGUUGAAUUGGAGGGUACCAGCUAGGGGUAAUGAAAUUGACAUGAAAGACAAUCUUAGGUUCUGGGCUCACACUGUUGCAUCCAUUGUAAGAUAAGUAGGAAAAAAUUUAGAUGCAAAUCUUGAGUACUUUUUGAGUUUUGACACUGUUUUCUGAUUAGAAUUGGAGUUUCACUUGGAUAAUCUAUGUUGAUCUUUAAUGUAAACCUAUGUUAUCUAGAUUACUGAUAUGAAACUUCAAUUUUAAUUAGAAAAAAAUGCUAGUGAAAUGACAUAUAAUUUUUGUCCAUAUUGUCCAAAUAACAAUUAGCAAUAGAAAGAAAAGCAAAAAAGGUUUUCAUGUCUUCUGCAAAACAGUGAUUGUAGAUAGUAUUAGAUUAGGUUCUAGACUUCUAGUCUAGCUAUAAAAAUAAAUGUACAUAUUUUACAAGUUUUUCUUGUAGCCAAUAUUAUUUUUCAAUUCUCUCUGUCUCUUAAGCUUUGUCAAUCUCCCUGCAAAAUGUAAUUUAUGAAAGGGUGCCUAUAUGAAAAAGAUACUUAUGUUAUGGA